AUGGUUCGGACGCGCGCCAGCAAAACAAAGCUAGCGGAGCUGCCCGCAAACGCCGAGUCAACACCGCCCGGCGACGACUCACGAUCCGAGCCUGACACGGCCAUGCACGAGAGACGAGACAUCACCCGACCGGCCUCCACCUUCAACGGCCGCCUCCAGCAAUUCCACUACCCCGACAGUGAGACCACCAGUCCGGGGGAGACGGCUUCUCCGCAAGCCAGCUCCUCCAGACUGAAGCGAGCCAGGACCACCCCAGGUCUCACCACCAGCCCCGACCGCGCGGCCGCGCAAUCUCCCGCGAAAAAGCGACGUGCCUCCAGCAAAUAUGCCCCGCCGUCUCAGUAUGCCCACCUCAAGCCGCUGACGGACAUUCUCGAGCCCGACCUGAUCUGCGUGUUUGUCGGUUUUAACCCGGGUGUGCGGACCGCGACCGCCGGCCAUGCAUACGCCCAUCCGUCAAACCUGUUUUGGAAGUUGCUGCACUCAUCCGGCUUGACCGAUCGACUGUGCCGCCCGGAAGAGGACGUCGAUCUGCCGCGCUUGUACUCAAUGGGAAACACUAACCUUGUGUCGCGUCCAAGCAAGAAUGAGGCCGAGCUGUCCAAGGCUGAGCAGGCCGCCGGUACCCCGAUUCUCGAGGCCAAGAUCCGGGAGUACAAACCCGAAGCCGUGUGCAUCGUGGGCAAGGGCAUCUGGGAGUCCAUCUGGCGAUGGCGCUACGGCCGCAACCCCUCCAAGGCCGAGUUCAAGUACGGCUGGCAAGACGACCAGGAGAACAUUGGCAAGGACCAUGUCUGGCAAGGUGCGCGUGUUUAUGUCGCCACGGCGACCAGCGGGCUUGCCGCCUCCACCAGCCCAGCCGAGAAGGAGGCCAUUUGGAGACCGUUCGGCCAGUGGGUCAAGCAAAGACGGGAAGAGCGUUCCACAGCAUCAUCAUCCAGCUGA